UUGAAUCGUUCGCAUCGUCUUUUUGUUUUUAUUUCUCGCUUAUGUUUUUCUUUUUUCAUUUUCGUUGGAUCAUAUAAUUUUCUGCUACUUGCUCUAGUUUUUCUGCUACGCAUACGGUUUCGGUUGUGUGUAUCUCGUGCAAAGUGCUUCGUUUCCAUAGAAAAAGGAAAAGAGUUGACACCGUCGCAAGAUUAAUGUGCCAUAAUUGCACUUGUCCAUUUUUUCAGCCGUUGUGAAAAAAGACACCAGAUAGCAGGAGGAAGAGAAAAAAAAACAUACCAAUUCGAGCAUAUAUUCAAAAUUCUAUGAUGACUUUUGCGUACAUAUAUUUAUUGGUGUUAUUUUGGACUCGAGCAAUCAAUGGAGAGAUUCAUGCAAGCGGACCACCAUUAGAAGAUGUUAAACAAUGGAAUGUGCUAACAUAUAAUCUACCGUGGGACGCGCCGUCUGACAAUAAAGACUAUUACAAUCCGGUAUCUGUGGUCGCCACCGGCAUUGCUGUUGAUUAUGAUCGAAUUUUUAUUGCAACACCACGUCUAUUUAGCGGCAUUCCAGCUACUGUGUCAACCGUACCGAGAAAAAUAGUCGGUGAUUCUUCGGUUUUGCAAGCGUAUCCAGAUUGGUCAUUCCAUACGGCCGGCCAACGUGCAUAUAAUUGCAGUGAAUUGGGACUGGUAUCCGUUUAUCGGAUGCGAAUCGAUUCAUGUAAUCGAUUAUGGGCAUUGGAUGCUGGUGUGUCACGAUCAUUAGAAGAUUUUGAAGUAACAUGUCCACCAAAGAUUUUGGUGUUCGACUUAAAUACAGAUCAAGUUGUUAGACGAAUUGAUUUCCCACCUGAAGUAAUUCGUGGUGAAUCAUUGUUUACCAACAUGGUGAUAGAUGAAACCACAUCACAACCAUCGAAUAACUGUGAUGAUGUGUUUGUUUAUAUUACAGAUACGGUUGAACCAGCAAUUGUUGUGUAUGACAGCGGUCGUGAUCUUACUUGGCGAUUAUCGCAUCCAGCCAUGUUUCCAGAUCCAAAUUUUGCACAAUCCAACAUUUUAGGUUAUCGAUUCACUCUGAUGGACGGCAUUGUAGGCAUUGCAUUUGAUGCAACCAUUGGUGUUGUUUACUUCCAACCGUUGGCCACUGACAGACUGUUUUCAAUUAAAACAAGCGCAUUACGCGCUGGACCAUUGCCAUUCGGUGCUGAAUUGCCAAUUCGAUUGGUUGGUAAAAAAUCAUCGCAAGGAAUCGGUUUGACACUAAGUCCACGUGAUGGUUCGAUUUUCUUCAGUCCAUUCAGUGAAACUGCUAUAGCCGAAUGGAAUCCAAAUACCAAUAAACAAAAAGUAUGGUCAUAUGAUAAAGAGCGACUUCAAUUCGUUGCUGAUUUGAGUUCACCAGUACAAGAUCCAGGUUCAGUGUAUAUACUUUCAUCGCGGUUCCAUCGUUUCUUUUUGAAAAAUGUGAAUACAAAUGAUAUUAAUACACGGAUAUUGCGUAUUGGUGGUGCUACCAAUUCAUUGCAGCAGCAACAACAUUUGCAUCAUGGAAAUCAUGGAAAUGUGCUUGGCCACAAUUUUGGCAGUCAAGCUUAUUCACUUGGUGGUUCAAGUUUGUAUCCAACAGCACCACCAUCGCCGCUACUCUAUAAAACGGAAAUAACACAUGCUCCAUACUCACCGAAACCAAUCACAGACAUUAAAUCAUCAUUUGUUGACAAUUUCUUCAAUAGCAUUCGACAGCCGUAUCAAUACGAACCGGUCGGCGUUAUAAAUCGUGCGGUGAAAAAUCCAUUUACCGCUCUGAAUACCGGCGAAACACCAGAAAUAUUUCUGAAACAAACCCAUCAACCAUAUACGGCAUUUCAAAAGACAUCACAAAGUUAUGGAACACCACAACCAAUUCUCAGUCAAACCUAUGGUUUGCUUGACAAUCCCAAUUUCCUAACAAAAGUGAAUCCAAGCUUUAGCGAUUUUAAUAGCAUACGGCGUGCAAAAAGUAUCGCAUUUAAUUCGACGGUCAUUCAUUAAACCAAUUUGAUGUAAUCAGGAACAGAGAAAUACUCCUUCAAGACAAACAUUUAGAACCAAUAGAAUUUGAAUUAAAUUAAUGCAAACAAGAAAAUCGUCGAUUCCAUAUAUGAGUGAGUCAUAGUAAAAUUUCGACUUUGACCACUUUCUUUCUUCCCGCAAAAUGAACGAUGCGAAUGAAUCAACUAUUUAAAGUACGGCUUUAGUCGAUUGCAAACAAGUUGUAUUCAAGUGUAAAUAUUUCGCAGCCAACCGCGUCGUUCUUUCAUGCAUAAGCAAAGUCGAGCUUUUAUUUUCACUUAAUCAUUCCAUUUUGGGUGAACCAAACGAUUUUAUCCCAUUUUAUGAAAUUGAAAUACUCAACUGUCGAAUGAAAUGCCAUACAUACAGUGCUUCUUAUCCCUUCUCUUCUGCUUCUGAUUAAACCAAUUCAAAAUUGAUGCAACUAUUAGACAAUAAGUGUGUUAACGUCCAAGUGAAUAUGAUGUUUUCGAUUUAAAAUGUUAGUAAUUUAUUUAAGUAUGCAUUUAUAAUAUAUUACGAAUACUCAAUCAGUUCAACCUAUUCAAUCAAUGCAAUCAAGAAUACAUAACAACAAAAUCGACAGUAUUUGAAUUAAAUUAGUGAAUUUAAAACGAGUUUUUGUAUCGCACGCCUUUUAACACACAUUUUUAUUUCGAUUUAUAUUUACAAAUUUAAACAGGCUUCAAAUAUUACACAGGGAACUGUUGA